UCUGACCGUCUGCGCAACUGCCCCUUCCCUGUUCCCAGCGGGAAGGACAUGAGUGUUCCUGGGCCGACGUCCCCGGACGGGAUCCUGGCAGGGCCACCCCACGACCUCGGGGCCGGGAAGCUGACGCUGGGUUUAAGUGACACUUCGCCAGAUGAAGGGUUACUAGAGGACUUGACUGUAGAGGACAAAGCUGUGGAGCAGCUGGCAGAAGGAUUGCUUUCUCACUACCUGCCAGAUUUGCAGAGAUCAAAACAAGCUCUUCAGGAACUCACACAGAACCAAGUUGUAUUACUAGACACACUGGAACAAGAGAUUUCGAAAUUUAAAGAAUGUCAUUCUAUGUUGGAUAUUAAUGCUUUGUUCACUGAAGCUAAACACUAUCAUGCCAAGUUGGUGAAUAUAAGAAAAGAGAUGCUGAUGCUUCAUGAAAAGACGUCCAAGUUAAAAAAAAGAGCCCUUAAACUGCAGCAGAAGAGGCAGAAAGAAGAGUUGGAAAGGGAGCAGCAACGUGAGAAGGAAUUUGAAAGAGAAAAGCAGUUAACUGCCAAACCAGCUAAGAGGACAUGAGAAGCCGAGAGAGUGUGUGUGUGUCCCCACUUCCUGCCUGUGUGGCUGGCAUCCAGGGUGGCCUCAGUGAGACUAGAGUGAAGGUAGUGCCUUACACCACUGUCUCACGUCUUGCAGUUCUUUCCCAGGACUGCUCUCUCCCUAUCUUCCUUUCCACAUUCAAGAAGCUUCCCCCAAAGCAGAAGACAUAAUGUCACUCGGUUUGAGUAUUUAUGUGUAAUUUUCCAACUUCUGUUGUGCGUACUUUUCAAAUUUAUUAUUUUGGCCUUGAAUGAUAUAUAAACUGGGACAUGGUACAGACUCUAAAUGAUUAAAAACUAGGAUGAGUUUUGUACCAUCUUGGUAAGUGUGGAUUUAAAAGAUUCAGUUUCUCAUUUAUGGAAUAACUUGCCUUUCUGGCAACCCAGUGCUGGUUUUUGGUAAUUGCCUUUUCAUUGGUUGGUUAAGAAGAAAUGCUAACUGUUUAAUUACAUAUGCCAUUGGAAAAGAGUUGGUAUAAGCCUUUGUGAAGAAGAUGGUGGAGACAUGUGUACACAGGAAAUAGCAUCUUAAACGUGGGACAGGUGGGCAAGAUUCCAGACAGAUCCUGCUAACCAUCUCCUCUGCUUCCUAAUGUUGCUCUUUCGUUCGUAUGUUCUCCGUGCUGAAAGUAGAUGAUCCCUACUUCUGAUGUCUGACAAGGGUGAUAGAGCUGUCACAUGCUCAAGUAGGCUACAAUAUUUAUAAUACUUAGAGUUGUCACACACUGAGAUCCAGUUGUCAAAUUGAUAAGAUAUGAGUCCAACUUUCCAUUGGAAGGUCUUGUCGCUAGAUCUGUCUGUCCUCUGAUUUGCUCUGUGGCCUUACAUGUGGUUAUUUUUUCUGUGCUUUUAAAAAAAUUCGUAAAGUAGAAUGAUACCUAUAGCAACUACCCAUUUUAUAAAUAAUAAUAAGAAUGGUGGAAAAUUAGCAAAUAGCUUCUUCACACAGAGGCAGCAUGAUACCUUUAGUAUUUUCUAGAUUGUUCCCCUCCAUAUUUUCAGUAGAACCUAUGUGAGGGAAAUAUUACAUGAAGUUUCAUUUUUUAAGAUUGAGAGUAUAUUAUUCAUUGUUUUAGUGUUAUUUAAUAUCCAACUGGUCUUCAAUCUCUAUUACAUAGAGACUGUACAGAACCUAUAAAGGUGUAUGCUUAGAACUGUGUAUCUUUUGUAGUCUACAUUACAUUUUGGUAAGCUGGAAUCACUACCUCUGAUCUUAUAUCAGGCCAAUUAAUCAGGGAGAGGGCUUUAGAUUUAAGCUGACUGCUCAAAACUGGUCUGUUUAAAGGUUUUAAACAGUUUAUUGGAAAGCCAGUCCCUUUAAUGAAUGAAUUAUGAUCUCACAAUUUACUUGACUUUACUGGAUAUUUAAAAAUAUAAAUAGAUCUUAUCUUAGCUUAAAAGGCCACAUUUGCCCUCAGACACUAGCUAAAACUUGCCCAGGGCAGGAGUCAUUAACACCUGAAUUGCUGAAUGUCCUCAUUUAGAAAGGCGGUGCAUUGUUUUUCAGAGUGGUUUAUGGACCAGCUGCAGUGAUUAUUUAAAAUGCUGGUUCCUGGACACCAAGCUCUGAAUCUAACCGAAGCAAAUCUAUUUGUUUGUUUGUUUUGUCUUUUUUUUUUUUUUUUUAAUAAAAACCCCGCCGGUGAUUCCUGAUGUAUCUUAAAAGUUGAGACUCACUGGUCUAGUGGUCUAGGUCAGAGGUUCACACUAGGCUGCAUGCCUUUAUCACCUGGGAACUU